GAAAAGCAGACUUCACUCGAGGAUGUUGAGAUGCUCAGCAGAUACAACAGGACCAAACAUCUAGAGGCUUCACAUACACUGUUUCAAUAAGUUGCACGUUAAAUCAGUAGAUCAGAUCGACUUGAAUAAGAAAUAUUCCUCUUCCAGGGGCAAACCAUUUCACACUGGACUUUCAGCUGAUCCUGCAGGAACGCACACAUCUCAUCUGAAACAAGCUUUUGCAUUGGGAAUCUGAUGCGUAAUGGUGAUCUCCAGAAGACGCUGACUAUCUAAGAACUGUCUGAGAAAUUGUUUUCAUUUUAAACAAAAUAAUAAUAAUAAAAAAAAAAUGCAAGUCAUUCUGUUGGUCUCCGUCGUUUUAAUUUGCGUCAAAGCUGCUCUCGCGGACACUAAGCUGAAGUGUUCCGAGCGCUGUGAUGUGAGUAAGUGUCCGAGCCCGAGCUGCCCGAGCGGGUAUGUGCCGGACCGCUGUAACUGCUGUCUGGUGUGCGCGCACGGAGAGGGAGAGCCGUGCGGCCGCAAGGACGAUCUGCCCUGCGGGGACGGGCUGGAGUGCAAGCACCCGUCUGGAAAAAGACUGUCCAAAGGCGUGUGUCAGUGCAGGUACAGCAGUAAAGUGUGCGGCAGUGACGGGAACACGUACGGGAACAUCUGCCAGCUGAAGGCCGUGAGCAGGAAAGCGCUCCAGCAGGGUCUGCCCGCGGUCACCAACCUGCACAAAGGACCCUGUGAAAGCAAGCAAGGUCCUACACAUCCCACCAGCCCGAGGUACAAAUUCAACUUCAUUGCUGACGUGGUGGAGAAGAUCGCCCCUGCUGUGGUGCACAUUGAGCUGUUCCUAAAACACCCCCUCUUUGGCCGGACGGUCCCGCUGUCAAGUGGUUCAGGUUUUGUAAUGUCAGAGACCGGGCUGAUCGUGACUAAUGCUCAUGUGGUGUCCAGCACCACAUCUGUUUCGGGUCAUCAGCGACUCAAAGUACAGAUGCGUGGUGGGGAUGUGUAUGAGGCCACUAUCAAAGACAUUGACAAGAAGUCUGACAUUGCCACUAUCAAAAUCAAUCCGCAGAAAAAGUUGCCUGUUUUAUUGCUGGGUCACUCGGCAGACCUGCGCCCGGGUGAGUUUGUGGUGGCUAUCGGCAGCCCGUUCGCCCUGCAGAACACAGUGACGACAGGAAUAGUCAGCACUGCACAGAGAGAUGGAAAAGAACUGGGUCUCCGUGACUCAGACAUGGACUACAUCCAGACUGACGCCAUCAUCAACUAUGGGAACUCGGGUGGACCACUCGUUAAUUUGGACGGGGAGGUGAUAGGAAUCAACACCCUGAAGGUAGCUGCAGGAAUCUCCUUUGCCAUUCCUUCAGACAGGAUUACGCGCUUCUUAAAUGAUUCAUUAGGAAAGCAGAACAAAGAGCCAAGAUCAGUGAAGAAGCGUUUCAUUGGAAUCCGAAUGCUCACCAUCACAGAAGCACUCGUGGAAGAGCUGAGGCAGCAGAAUCCUGAUUUCCCUGAUGUCAGCAGCGGGAUCUAUGUCCAUGAGGUGGUUGCUCACUCCCCUGCUCAGAAAGGGGGCAUCAGAGAUGGUGACAUCAUCGUUAAGUUAAACGGAGAGCCUCUGAUGAGCACCAGCGACCUGAAGGAAGCGCUCAACCAAGACACGACUCUGCUGCUGGAGGUGCGCAGGGGCAACGACGACCUGCUCUUCAACAUUGAGCCUGACGUCAUCAUGCAGUGAUGUCAUCACCUGUUCGAGAUGUGAACCUUCGAACUUUCACUGAAGACAUCGGUUUUAUCAUAUCAGUCAUGCACAGUCAUGGCCGAAGGGAUGUCUAACAGUGCAACCUUCUAGAAAACAAGGACCUCUUUUACAAGCUGAGAGGAAUCUAGCCUUGAGCUUUUGCAAUCUUGGUCAAGUCUGCGAAAAAGAGAUUUUAUAUGAAAGGCAUUUCAUAACAGCACACUCUCUUUGAAGCAGGUUUGAAGCGGAGAACGAUUCUGUUCAUUGCAAAUAUGAAAACUUGCAGUAUUGGAGAGUGGGGACAGUUGCAACAUGGCUCAUUUCUUCAAUCAGGAGUGAGCUACAGUGAUGAUAUUCAGACUGCACAUGCUCAGUCAGCCCCUCAUCUUUUCUGGAUGAAAUCAGACACAUGUAUAUAAUCCUCGUGCAUGUGUUACAGCAAUACGGGUGAGUAGUGGACUGAUGUUGCUUUAUUGUAUUAAAACUCUGGGUUUCUAAUGCAAACAGUCUAUGAGAAACUAAAGCAAAUACAGUAAGUAUUGUAGCCGUCCCCACUCUACCCUAUGUAUUUUAUAGAAGACAAAACUGGUGAUAUUUUAUAGCCAAUCCGCAAUGAGUCCACAAUGAUUUGUUAAACAGGGACAAUCUUUUUAAGAUUUUUUAACUUCAUUGUGGCACCAGUGGCAAGAAUCAAUUGCUGUGCAAGGUUGUUUUUUUUUAUUUUUUAUAAAUUUGAUUGAUUAGAAAUUUGUGACUGUCAUGAUGAAUGACAUUUUUAUGGUAAUUUGUAUGCUCUUUAUCUGCAGAUAUCAGAGUGAGACGUCUUCUGUUCAUGUAAUCUGUUUAUCAGUCUGUAUAUGCUCAAGUUCCUAUUCGUCUUAAAUGUCUACAGUAUAUUUUAUGUUUUGAUUACAGUGUCUUCAAAUAUGCUCAUAUAAUUUUCGUUCUCUUCAGCUGGAUUUAUGAAUGUUGGACCUAUGAAAUAAAACAUUCUCAGAAAAGAA